AUGGAGGAAGAAGAAACUCAACAUCUUUAAUUAAGGGAUUCAGAUUGUGAAGAGGAUCUAAUUCCUUAAUUUAAAAUAAUGUCAUUAAGAGAUGGAAAACAUAGGAAGAUUUAAUUGCAAUCUAACAAUAGUAAUAAUAAAUCAGAUAUUAGACAAUAAUAACAAAAUCUUAUUGAAUAGAAUAUUGUUACUAACUAUUAUUAAUAAGUUAACAAUUUGCUUUAUGAUUUAAGAAAGGAAUAUAUGGAAAAAAUUGAAAAAGAUAAAAAUUAGAUAAUUGAAGAAUGA